CACCCAAAACAGACAACUCAUUCACCUCAGACACUCAGGAAAACUUUUGGGAAGCACUGUUCAUUAGAGCUCGUGAAAAUGGAGACUUUGUCUGCAGCAAACACGCAGUUCUCUCUCAGCCUCUUUAAGAAGAUCAGCGGAGGAAAUGCAUCAGGAAAUGUGUUCUACUCUCCGGUCAGCAUCUCCUCGGCUCUGGCCAUGGUGUCGCUCGGAGCAAAAGGAAACACAGCGACACAGAUGUUUAAGGUCCUGGGUUUUACCAACCUUCCCAAACCUGCUGAUGCCGCCACUUCAGGAUCUCAGCAACAAGCCCCAAAACCCCAGAAGCCCCAGGUGCCCUCUGGCCAGGGUCAACAAGAAUCACAGAUGACGCAACAAACUCCCAAACCUGCUGAUGCCGCCACUUCAGGAUCUCAGCAACAAGCCCCAAAACCCCAGAAGCCCCAGGUGCCCUCUGGCCAGGGUCAACAAGAACCACAGAUGACGCAACAAACUCAGAAUUUUGAGAUACCUGCCCAACUCAAGAAAGGUCCUGCCCAGCCAGUCUCUGGACAAAAAACUGAGGACCAAAUUCAUUCCAGCUUCAACAAGUUUAUGAGUGAGCUGAAGAAACCAGGAGCCCCGUAUGUGUUGACUCUUGCCAACCGCCUCUAUGGAGAGCAAUCCUACCAGUUUGUUGAGAAAUUCCUCACUGACGCAAAAAAAUACUAUGAAGCUGGACUGGAGGAGGUGGAUUUCAAGACGAAAUCAGAGGCUGCACGUGUCAACAUCAACAAAUGGGUGGAGAAAAACACACAAGAGAAGAUCAAGGACUUGCUUCCAAAAGGAUCCAUUGAUGCGUUGACGAGACUGGUCUUGGUGAACGCCAUCUACUUCAAGGGGAACUGGGAGAAGAAGUUCCCAAAAGACGCCACUAAAGAUGGGCAGUUCAGACUAAACCAGAAUCAAACCAAACCAGUGAAGAUGAUGAAUCAGAAGGCGCAGUUUCCUAUUGCCUUAAUCCCAGAGAUGAACAGUCAGGUUCUGGAGCUGCCGUAUGUCGGGAAGAAUCUCAGUAUGUUGAUCAUCCUUCCUGAACAGAUUGAAGAUGGAACCACUGGCCUUCAGAAGCUUGAAAAGGCACUGACCUUCGAGAAGCUCAAAGAGUGGACCAAACCCAGCAUCAUGCGUCAACAAGAAGUUCAAGUAUCUCUGCCGAAAUUCAAGAUGGAGCAAACUUAUGACAUGAAGAGUCUUCUGAUUAGCAUGGGAAUGGAGGAUGUUUUCGAUGGGCAGAAGGUGAAUCUUUCAGGCAUGUCGCCCAACAAUGACCUGUUGCUGUCAAAGGUGAUUCAUAAAGCCUUUAUUGAAGUAAACGAGGAAGGAACCGAAGCGGCUGCGGCCACUGGCGCCGUCGUCGCCGUACGCUCAUUCCCACAGAUGUUUAUUGCAGACCAUCCGUUCCUUUUCUUCAUCCGUCAUAAUCCCUCCAACAGCAUUCUGUUUUAUGGACGCUUCUGUUCUCCUUGAAGAUGAUUGUAAUGGAGUGAUAAUUCUAGUUGCAUA